CUUCUAUAUAACUUUGAAUAAACACUAAAUCCCAUUUUAAAAAUCUACUACCAUUCUUGGCUAUUGAAUUCUUUGGUCUUCGUUCCGUUUACUUUUGGGCGUGGAAAGCUAGAAAAUUUCAAAGAAUCGGAUUGAUCCAUAAAGAAGAGUUUUGCAAGAAAAAAAAAGCUAGAAGAAGCUCUGUAAAAAUGAGGAGCUCGCUUAUGAUGGAGAGAGAAUCGUCAAGAAAUGAGACAGAGAGAGAAGAGAGAGAUGACUUGGAAGAGACGCAAAAUGAAGCAGAUGAGUUCAGAUCAAUUCCUCCAUGGAAGAGUCAAAUCACUGUCAGAGGAAUCGUUGCAAGCAUAAUCAUUGGUAUUAUCUACAGUGUCAUUGUGAUGAAGCUAAACCUAACCACAGGUUUGGUCCCGAACCUAAACGUCUCUGCAGCACUUUUAGCGUUCGUGUUCCUUAGAAGCUGGACCAAGCUACUUACCAAAGCCGGGAUUGUGACUAAACCAUUUACUAAACAAGAGAACACUGUGGUCCAAACAUGUGCUGUUGCUUGUUACAGCAUUGCAGUUGGAGGUGGGUUUGGUUCAUACCUUCUUGGUUUAAGCACGAAAACUUAUGAACAGUCAGGAACUCACACUGAAGGGAAUAGUCCUGGAAGCACCAAAGAGCCAGGGAUCGGUUGGAUGACCGCUUUCUUGUUCUUUACCUGUUUUGUUGGUCUUUUAGCAUUGGUUCCUCUAAGAAAGAUAAUGAUCAUAGACUACAAGCUGACAUAUCCAAGUGGAACAGCUACCGCGGUUUUAAUCAACGGUUUCCACACUUCUAAAGGCAAUAAAAUGGCCAAGAAACAAGUUUUUGGGUUUGUGAAGUAUUUUUCGUUUAGCUUCAUAUGGGCUUUCUUUCAAUGGUUCUUCACUGGAACCACCGGUACAGAGUGUGGAUUCAUUCAGUUUCCAACUUUUGGAUUAGAAGCUUGGAAGAACUCAUUCUACUUCGACUUCAGCAUGACAUACAUUGGAGCAGGAAUGAUAUGUUCCCAUAUUGUCAACUUAUCUUUGCUUUUCGGCGCGGUUCUGUCUUGGGGAAUCAUGUGGCCUCUCAUUAAAGGUCUUAGCGGAGAUUGGUACCCAUCUACUCUGCCUCAAAGCAGCAUGAAGAGUCUCAAUGGUUACAAGGUGUUUGUAUCUAUCUCAUUGAUCCUCGGUGACGGGCUUUACCAUUUCAUCAAGAUACUUAUGUUCACUGCAAGAAACAUAUACUCCAAGUUAAAGAAUCACCACUCUGGGAAAUCUAAUUCGGACAAAGAUAAACAAUCUAUUGCAGAACUUAAAAGAGAUGAGAUCUUUGUAAGAGACAGCAUUCCUCUAUGGGUUGCAGCCGUUGGAUACGCAGCUUUCUCUGUUGUCUCAAUCAUCGCCAUCCCUAUGAUGUUCCCGGAGCUCAAAUGGUACUUCAUCGUCGUAGCUUACAUGUUAGCUCCAUCUCUAGGCUUCAGUAACGCCUACGGAGCAGGUCUUACAGACAUGAACAUGGCUUACAACUACGGUAAAGUCGCUCUCUUCAUCUUAGCCGCGAUGGCAGGGAAACAAGACGGUGUAGUCGCGGGUCUUGUCGGAUGCGGGUUGAUAAAAUCCAUCGUCUCGAUAUCUUCUGACCUAAUGCACGAUUUCAAGACAGGGCACUUGACUCUGACUUCACCGCGGUCGAUGCUUGUAAGCCAAGCAAUCGGGACAGGGAUAGGUUGCGUCGUGGCUCCUCUCACUUUCUUCCUGUUUUACAAAGCCUUCGAUGUCGGGAACCCUGAAGGAGAGUAUAAAGCUCCCUACGCUUUGAUAUACAGAAACAUGGCGAUUCUUGGAGUUGAAGGCUUCUCUGCUUUGCCUCAGCAUUGUCUACAGCUUUGCUACGGUUUUUUCGCGUUUGCGGUGGCAGCGAAUCUCGUUAGGGACUUGUCGCCGGAGAAGAUAGGGAAGUGGGUCCCGCUUCCGAUGGCUAUGGCGGUUCCGUUUCUUGUGGGAGGGUACUUUGCUAUUGAUAUGUGUGUUGGGAGUUUGAUAGUGUUUGUGUGGAAUAAGAGGGAUCGAGUUAAAGCCGGUUUGAUGGUACCGGCGGUUGCUUCCGGUUUAAUAUGUGGAGAUGGGCUUUGGAUUUUGCCGUCGUCGGUUCUUGCUUUGGCUGGUGUGAAGCCUCCGAUUUGUAUGAGCUUCAUGUCGAGUAAAUAGGUUGUGUUUAAAUAAAAAUAUAGAGGUUUUAUAAGUUUUGCUGUAUGUGUAGUGUUAAAUAGCUAAAGAAAUGUUUAAAUAAAGAGAGUUUGACAGAAAUAGAGGUUAUAUAAAUG